AUUUCAAGCCACUCACCAACAGUGCCACCUGAGGUGUCUGUUCAACCUCCUCCCAUGCCUCCACUGCCGCAGACGACGCCUCCUCCUCCACCACCACCACCACCGGCAACUUCUCCUGGCAAAGGAAGUAGUGGAGACGAUGUUCCAGGAAUUCUAUGGCCAUGCCACAUGUGCGACCUAUUGGGAAUUCCCUCUCCCAUAUGAAGAAAAUUAAACAUUGAAUUUGUUUUAAUUUUAUAUACAUACAUAUAUAUAUUUUUUAUUUUCUUUUUCCUUUUUAACUUUUGUAUAAUAUUUUUAUUUGUUGAUUUUAAAUUUGUCGUGCUUUCAAAAGCAUAAAACAGCAAUUUAGCAUAAUUUUUCAAAUAAUUAAAAUUUACUAGAGUAGCUUCCAAUGUUUAUACCGUUUUAUAUAUUAAGCUAUUGAAAAAAUUAUCUAUAAAGAAAAUAAUAAUAAUUAGACAAGUGCAAUACUUUUUCCUAGUUAGUUUGCUUGGUGCCUAAAUAUAUUUUAUUUAUUUAUUUUUGUAGAAUGUUUGGUUUUAAAAAAUAAAACAUACUAUCAUAAACCUACUCGUAACAGGAAAGACUUGGAAAAUUGACCCAAACUUCAUAUCGUAAAUUUAUAAAAUAAAAAAAUAAGUAAAAAAAAUUGUGGGCAAACAAACCAAUAACUAAUGCCAUAUAGAACAUGACAACUUUUUCAACAUAAUGAAAAAGACCACAAAAUAAGUAUAUCAAAAAAGAAAACUAAACCAUGAAAAAAUAUCUUAUUAACAAAUUACAAUAUCAUCAGAUUCAGACAAAAUUUUAUCUGUAUGAAAUUAUGAAACAUAUUGACACACCUGAGAUAUGAAUAUAACCAACAAUUAUGAACAGAUAUGAGAAUUAUUUUUGAUACAUUUGUAUCAUAAAUUUUAUAAUAGCAGUUUUAGUAUUUUGAGUUUAUUAUCGAUUAUAUAAACUCCUCGCCUGUUAGGAGUUUAAAUAUGUAAGAAAAUAGUUCGGACUAUUGUUAUAUUAAUUGCUUGCUAGUUUAAACUGUAUUUCAUUUUGAUAUAGUAAUUUUAUUAAUCUAUUUAAAAUAUUUUUUAGAAUGUGUGAAAUUUCAAAAUUAUGAAAACGGAUCUUUCUUGUAUUUUAUCAUUGACUCGUGAAUCUUAAAUAAUUUUGUAAUUUCACUUGUGUUUAUUGGCAUUAUUUAUCCACCAAGCAAACAGAACGGUAUGUGCGAUGUCUUAAUUAUUUUAUUAUAUAGCAUUCAUUUUUAAAUGAUUUUAUGCGAUUUUAUUGACAGUGCGCUUCAAGAGAUGCACCAUUAUUUGCACAUACACUGAUUACGCUCAUUACUUAAUUUUAUAAUAGCAAAUAAUGGGUUUGUUAACUAUAAACAGAUUAUUCUCAAAGAGAAUUCUCCUCUGGUUAUGUUUACAGAUGUGUCUCACACUCCCCCCUCAUUGUUACGAUGAAGAUUCAGCAAGUCGAUCGCAAUAAAGUUUUUUCGCUGGGCAACUCAUAUUCAAUUUUGCUAAUUGUUGUAACCUGUCACCAGAACGUUAUUAUUAGUAUACUCUUCUAUCACAUUUAUUAUAAAAAAUAAUGAUAAGUGAUUCGAUAGGUUUUGUUUGGAAUAUAAAAGUAAAUAGUGGAUUGAGAGUGCUUUACAACCCGGGUCUGAAGUAUUCUCAAAUCACAUACCUAAAUCAUUAAAAUAUUAUUUUGUAUUAAUUUUUAAUUAAUUAUUUAGGAAAACAGAGUUGUUUGUUUAAGAGGAAAGGAAUUUAAAGAAACAAAACAAAAACAAUAUUUAAAUGCCCCCAAUUUUUUAUUGUUUGAUUUCAGGACCUUGAGAGACCUCGAGAGUAAUUUCUGUUAUAUGCGAUUUCUGUGGUAAAAGAACAAACAAUCAAAAUCAAAAAUUAUUGAGAAAUGUUUGAUGUUUUACUGUUUCAGAUGUAGUUAUUUUAUUUAAUUCAACUUCGGUUGACCCCCCAAGGCGGGGCCUUGGACAAACACUCGAAGAUUUUUACCACAAAUCGAUUUCUAAAUGAAUUAAAGUCACCUUUUUUCUUUUUUUCUUUUCUUUUUUUUUUCUUUUUUUUAACAUACCUAAUUACAUUGGUCUAUAUGUUUAUUUUUUUGCUCUUAUGUGUUGUUACAUGGGGGAUAGAUGGUGAGUGACGCUAGGUGGCUGCUGUUCGUGUGUACUUAACUCGUCUUUACUCAGCUAAAUUUUGCCGACACAAAACAAUAUCGGACCCAUACUUGUACCUCAAAUGCAUAAUUUUACACAGAUUGGCACAUUAACACCGGGGCCCGGAUCUCGAUUAAGCAUAAUGGCAAUCUUGGGUUCUCCUUUGCCAAAACUAACUUCCGACCAACACGAUUCUGUUAACAGAGCUAAAAAAUAUGCAAUGGAACAAAGUAUAAAAAUGGUUUUAAUGAAACAAACUCUUGCUCAUCAACAGCAGCAAGCUAAAUCUUUUCAUAGACACCAAGCCCUGGUCUUAAUGUGCAGAGUGUAUGUUGGGUCUAUAAGUUUUGAAUUGAAAGAGGACACCAUUAGAAUGUCGUUCUCACCCUUUGGACCUAUCAAAUCCAUCAAUAUGUCUUGGGAUCCGGUAACCCAAAAGCACAAGGGAUUUGCAUUUGUUGAAUAUGACAUUCCUGAGGCCGCACAGCUCGCCCUUGAACAGAUGAACGGCAUUAUGCUCGGGGGAAGGAACAUCAAAGUAGUCGGUCGACCUAGUAACAUGCCCCAAGCACAAUCUGUCAUCGAUGAGAUAACAGAAGAGGCGAAGCAGUAUAACAGAAUAUAUGUUGCAUCUAUCCAUCCCGACUUGGCCGAAGAUGACAUUAAAAGCGUAUUUGAAGCAUUUGGGGCCAUUAAAUAUUGCAAACUGCAGCAAGGAAGUUCACCUCAUCGCCAUAAAGGCUACGGUUUUAUCGAGUAUGAAACAAAACAAGCAGCACAAGAAGCAAUCGCAUCUAUGAAUCUGUUUGAUCUAGGAGGACAGUAUUUAAGAGUCGGGAGGGCGAUUACACCACCUAAUGCACUUCAUGGUCCUUCAUCUUCAUCCAGUCAAAUGCCUACAGCUGCAGCUGUUGCAGCAGCUGCUGCCACAGCCAAGAUCCAGGCGAUGGAUGCUGUUGCUACCAACGCCGUUCUAGGUCUUUCAAAAUUAACCUCGACAUUGUCCCAACCAUCUGUAAUUCCUGCCACAUUACCUGGCUUGGUUCCAACUCAGGCUGGUGUGUUACCACCUCCUGGCAUUGCAAUACCGCAGCCUGUAGGCCAAUUCAGGACACCACAGCCAAUAAUCCCAGGAGCACCUGGUGUUGUUGCUCCGACGAUAUUGACAGCUCCUCAGGUUAGCUCACAACAAGAAGCAUUAAGGCGAGCCCAAGAACAAGCACAGUUGCUACAACAGGAAGAACUUCAAAAAAAGCUGCUCGAAGAAACGGAACCCCAGACCCUUCAGCAGCAGGAAAACAUGUCAAUAAAAGGACAAAGUGCUAGGCAUUUAGUCAUGCAGAAACUAAUGAGAAAAGUGGAGAGCCGAGUAGUUAUUUUGAGAAAUAUGGUAGCUCCAGAGGAUGUAGAUGAAUCUCUUCAGGAAGAAAUUCAAGAGGAAUGUUCAAAAUAUGGAACUGUUGAUAGGGUAAUUAUAUACAAUGAAAAACAAUCUGAAGAUGAUGAAAACGCAGAUAUUAUUGUUAAAAUAUUUGUUGAAUUUUCUCGAAUGAGAGAGGCCGAGUCAGCAAGAGAUGCAUUGAACGGAAGAUAUUUCGGUGGUCGCCUAGUUAAGGCGGAGCUUUAUGAUCAAGCAUUAUUCGAUCAUAAUGAUUUCUCCGGUUGACUCUGUCAUGUCUCUCUUAUUGUUUGUGUAUAUGUUAUUUUUACGUCUUUUACCAAUGACAGAUUACCCGAUAACUUUAAAAAAGUAGCAUAGGAAAUUUUUUUUUUCUCUUUUGUUUGUCAACCUUUCUACCAUUUUUUUUUUUUUUUUAACUUUUAAACCUUAUAUAUGAAAUUUAGGGGGGGUCCUGUUUAUUCAAAUUUGCACAAAAUAAUUUCUAUUAGUGAAGUACAAAGUGUCCAAAUUUACCUUUAUUUUAAUAUCAAAAAUUAAUUUUUUAGAUAAUGCUUUUAUUUAUUUUUUUAUUGCUUCAUUAUUUUUUCUUAUUCCCCAAGUAAGCAUGAUAAGUGUACAUAAUUAAAAAAAAUUGCUUACCUUCCUUUAUACUUAUAAUCUUCAGUUUUGUAAAUAUUUACAAUUUUAUUCAGUAAGUCCUAAAAUUCCUCUUUAUAAACACUUGUAACUAUUAUAUGGAUGAUAAUGUAAUAUAACGAGUUUUCAUUUAAAAUAUUAUCAUUGUUAUAUUAAUUAUUAUUAAUUAAAGUGGCAAAAUUAGGUGAGAAAAAAUGCUAAACUAAAAUUGCCUAAAUAGUCAUUUGAAACAAUGUCAAUGUGUCAUGCAUUGAAUAACUCCAAGUAAAUUAAUUACUAUUAAUAGCCAAUAUGGGUUAAAUAUUAAAAACUUGAGUUGUAACCGGCUCUCUCUGUCUGAUUUGUUAAUAAAACAAACAAUUCUUUUUCA